AUGCUCUCUCCGGCCGCCGCCGCCGCCGUGCGCGCCGCGGCGGGGUCGCCGGCGGCCGUGCGCGGCGCCCACGCGCGCCUCCUAAAGAAGGGGCUGGCUCACCAACGUCCGGCCCCGGAAGCCCUCGUCUCCGCCUACGCAAAGUCCCGCCUCCUCCCCGACGCCCUCCACCUGUUCGACGAAACCCCGCGCCGGAACAUCUACUUCUACUCCUCGCUCCUCGCCGCCGUCGCACAGUCUGAAUCCCCCGCGCUCGCUGUACCGAUCCUCCGCCGCAUGAUCUCCGCCGACGCCCUCCGCCCCGACCACUUCGUCCUCGCCUCUGUCGCCAGCGCCUCCGCCAGGCUCCGCAGCCUCCGCCUUGGUAGGCAGCUGCACGGCCAGUUCGUGGCCUCCCCGUACAGCGGGGAUGACGUCGUCAAGUCGUCGCUGGUCGAUAUGUAUUGCAAGUGUGGCAUCCUCGACGAUGCCAGGAAGGUUUUCGACAGUAUGGGUGCCAAGAACACCGUCGUGUGGACUGCUCUUGUUUCCGGGUAUGCGUCGAAUGGCUGCAGUGACGAGGCUUUGCAGCUAUUCUGGAGCAUGCCUGUGCGCAACCUGGUUGCAUGGACUGCGCUCAUCUCAGGGCUGGUGAAGACUGGUGAGAGUGUCAGCGCGGUGGAGCUGUUUGUUGAGAUGAGGCGGGAUGAUGUCGGGAUCGAUGAUGCAUUCGUUAUGUCGAUUGUCAUUGCCGGUGCUGCAGACCUGGCUGCUUUUGUGCUGGGCAGGCAGUUGCAUUGUUCCGCCAUGAGGCUUGGGUUCCUGUCCAGCACGAUUGUUGGGAAUGCACUGGUUGACAUGUACUCGAAAUGCAGUGACAUACACUCUGCUAGAGAAGUAUUUAAGGGGAUCACAUUCCAUGACAUGAUUGCAUGGACAACAAUGGUCGUUGGAGAAGCACAGCAUGGUCAUGCUAAGGAGGCAUUAGCUCUUUAUGACAGGAUGGUUAUUGCAGGAGUGAAGCCCAAUGAGGUGACCUUUGUUGGGUUGAUCUAUGCUUGUAGUCAUGCUGGUCUUGUUCAAAAAGGGCGAGAGUUUUUUGAGUCCAUGAAGCGUGAUUAUGGCAUCGAUCCUGGGUUGCAGCAUUACACAUGUUAUCUCGAUCUUCUUAGUCGCUCAGGCCAUUUAUUGGAAGCUGAAGAGCUCAUCACUACGAUGCCAUAUAAGCCUGAUGAAGCUGCUUGGGGGGCACUAUUGAGUGCAUGCAAGAAGUAUAAUGAUGCUGAAAUGUGUAUCAGGGUUGCUGAUAAGCUACUAGAGCUGGGGCCAAAAGAUUCUUCCACAUAUAUCUUGUUAUCUAAUGUCUAUGCAGUGAACAGAAAGUGGGAUUCUGUAGCCAAGCUUAGGAAAUGUAUGACUGGACUGAAUAUAAGAAAAGAUCCAGGGUAUAGCUGGAUUGAAGCUGGAAGAGAAUUCCGUCUGUUUCAUGCUGGGGAAGUGCCAUUUGAUGUAAGGGAAGAAAUUAUGGGUUUUCUUGACGAAAUGGUAUUGGAGAUGCGCAGGAGGGGUUAUGUUCCUGAUACUAGUUCUGUGAUGCAUGACUUGGAAGAGAAUGAAAAGGAGCUCCAUCUCUUCUUGCACAGUGAGAGAUUGGCUGUUGCUUUUGGAUUAAUCAAGUCUCUGCCAGGGUCAGUGAUCCGGGUGGUGAAGAACCUUCGGGUCUGUGUGGACUGCCAUACAGUAAUGAAGUUAAUUAGUGAAAUAACCCAAAGAAAGAUUGUCGUGCGAGAUUCUAGUCGUUUUCACCAUUUUAAAGGUGGAAAAUGCUCUUGUAGUGAAUUCUGGUAGGUCUGUGCUCUUGUAGUGAAUUAUGAUAGCAGGUCUGCUGGUGCCAGUUGUGCUUCCAGUCUUCAGGACUCUAGGUAUUGCAUAAGAUGUUGCUACAUUUUCUAUAAAUUUACUCAAACAAGUUUGGUUAGGAGAAAGCCAAAACAUCUAAUAUGGAGCGGAAGGAGCAUAUGCUAAGUGAUUAAUCAUGGAUCCAUCCGCAUGGAUUUAAGGGAAAGCGUUGGUGGAAAUUUUGCAGAGGUGACAAUGGCAAGAGUGUUAUCUGUAGCUACCUAAGCUCAUAUUUAUAUUCAGGCAGACAAACUUUGAAGUUGACAAAGUGAUAUCUAACAUAAAAGAUGAUUGCAUCAUGCUUGGAAUCUAUUUCAGCAGUUGCUACAGUGAUAGGAGCAGAAGAUGUUAAGCACUUCUCUUUCUGUCGUUCUCUGCUUUUGGGUUUCAGUAGCCUGGAAGGCUGGAACUUAUUGUCCCUCGUCCUUCUCUAAUGAAUUUUUUUGUACACUUCUGCAAUAUGAUCCAUUUAAUUUUCUUGAUUUUACAGGGAAGAUCCUUUAUCUGGGAAAUCUAUGUUAUCUUCCAUGCUUAGCUCUAUUGUCACCUUUCACAGUUGCUUGAUUAUGGCGAUACUAGCUUUAUAAUUAGUGACUUCAUUGAACUUGACGCCUUGGUUCCAGCCUUCCAGAAAAAUGGUUACAGUACCUAUUCAUGGUGCUAACUGCCAAUUCAAGCUUACAGAGGCCGUUGGAGAUGCUCGUAUGAGCUUUGUUGGUGCUUGGAAUUUGAACUUCAUUCUAGCCGAAUUGAUUAUGAUAGUUUCUUCUUGCGCUUAACGCUUGCUAGGAUGGUAUAUGAUGAUUACACUACAUAUUCGUCCACGUGAUCUAAUCAACAGAACAGCAUGGGAUUUAUUUUGGCUAGGAUAUAUCAUAUUAUGCACUUAUCAUGUGUUUUGUUUGAGGUAUACACAUAUAUGCUGUGAGAUCACAUGAAGCAGCAUAUGGGAACCUCACUCCGGAUUAUCUGCAGGACCUUCAGUAACGAGGCCUAUUGUUACUGAGUGUUGAUGCCUUGGAGAGUUGAUGUAUAACGGAAGGUGAGUUUCUGAUUUUUUGGUGAUAAAAGCCAUUAUUAGCAGGGGACCUCUUCCUCUUCCACAACACAGAGCAUCCUUACUAUGAGCUCUUGGAUUUUGCUGACUUAUUGGAAAGCCUGAUUGUUCAGUGUUGGAAAUUCACAGCCAACACAGUUGGAGUCGUAAUGUCACCCAUCGACAUACUCAUCGACAUCGAUGUGUUUCUCUUACCGAAACAAACACGCACUGAAAGUCUGAAACGCAGUUCUGGACUUCUGGCCAUGACAAAGAAUGGCACGGAUAGAUGAGGUUUCUUGUAUUGGAAAUAAAACGGUAAGGGCUAUCAGCAAAGAAACCUGCUUAAUUUCACUGAGUUUUGAUGCCUUGGGGCGUUUCCAAGAACCAAGAUGUCAGAGCAGGUCGUUGCACAAGGGAAGGACAUUUGCUGGACUUUUGGGUCCUCAAAGCACACAACAUGCCUAGCUGAUAGCUCAGCGUUGAAAAUUCACAGCAAAACAACGUAUGGAUGGAGUUGUAAACCGUGAACAUUUUUCUUGGUAGGCCUUGACUUAAGAUCAAGAAGAGACCUUUAAAACAUCGUAGCAUUUACGACUCGUAGUAUUUGGUACUAAUAAAACACAUAGGCUGCAAGUCCUACCUUAUUAACAUUGAGGUU